AUCUUUCGUCAUCCAAAUAAAGUGUGUCACAGUACAGGAGUUAAUUCUAAUGAAGCACUUUGAAAGAAAUUGUCUCAUUAGAGAGAAUAACGCGUUAAAUGCGGUUGGCAGGAGGCCGGCAGGCGUGGCUCGAAGUUCAAAAUGGCGGCGCGGCCGUCGGCGAGUUCGAGCACGUUCGGUCUCGCGGUGCACUUCAGAGAAGUGUUCGCGUUUCCGCAGAGAAGAACGCUACGUUGUGUCCGCACUGCUGGCCGCGCUGAAGGAGGAAGCCGAUACUCGGGCUGAUUGUGCCUCGACUCGCCGUUGAUUCCCCGAGAAAUGUAAGGGAAAGAGGAGUUGAGGUACCAUGCAAGAAGACGCGUUCCCGGCCGCCGAGAAAAUCCUUUCCGACAUCGAAAAUGUGCUGAAAAAGGACACGAAUCUGGUCAGUUUCGAGAUAAUCCCGGCUCUGGAUAACGAGAACAAGUCCCCGGUGUUCCACGACCAACACUCCCUGGGUCUGGCCUCCUGGAGCGUGAAGCCACUCUACUUCUACACGUACAAUCGUCUGCUGGAAGUUCGAAGGAAUCGUCACCGGCGCGAGGAGCCGGACACCCUGGCGAGAUGGCUCCUAGGUGCUCUUCUGCUGAACCCGGACGUCUCGACCUUUUGGAACAUGAGGAGGGAGCUGGUGAGAAGCGGCAGGCUGGAGCCCGUGGACGAGCUGCGUUUCGUCGCACUCGUCCUCUACUACAAGGCGAAAUGCUUCGAGGCCUUUGCCUACAGACGAUGGCUGAUGCGAUUCGCAUUGGAAGGCGAGCGACCAGCGGUCGAGACGGUCGAAUGCUUUCUAAGGAACGAGAUCGACGUGGCGACGACCUCGGCGAACAGGUACGCGAACAACUGCCACGCCUGGAGCCACCGGGAACACGUGGUGACGAUCCUGGAGAAGCUGGCUCCGGGCCGGACCCGGGCCCUCCUCAAGGCCGAGUGGGAGGCCACCGGGAAGUGGUGCAACCGGCACGUCUCCGACUACAGCGGCCUGGCUUAUCGACAAUUUUUAUUAAAAAGGCUCGUCGAGGACCUGUAUCGAGAGGAGCAGGAGGUUGCCGAGAAGCCCUCCGAGGACGAGCUGGCGAGGCGAAGAGAGGCCCUCUGCGAGUUCGUUGGCGUCGCGGCCAGAGGCUGCAACGACGUCUUCCUGCUGCAAAAUGGCUCCUCCGACGAGUUCCUGGAGGUGAUGCACGGUACUCGAGGAGGCAAGAGGCCGGCCACCGACCACGACCGCACCCUCGUCGGGUUGUCCUAUUGGACGGAGGAGGUCGUCCUCAACGAGGAUCUCAUCAACUCUUACCCUGGCCACGAGGCUCUCUGGUACCACAGGAGGUUCCUUGCGCAUGCCCUGGUCGUUCUCGUCGCCUCCUACGAGGAGUCCUCCUCCUACAGGACCGCUGUUUUCGACUCUCCUAUCCGCGGGCGAGCGACCUCCAGGGCACCUUCCGAGGAGGACGCUCCGUCCAGGGGCCUCCUCGAGCACGCUUUCGGGACUCGCAACAAGGAGGCCAUCGCCACCGCCAGGAGGUUCGGACUACACCAGAACACCAUGGCUGAUAGGUUCCUGCAGUUUCUUGGCUGCAUCGGCCUCGAGCCGUGAUCCCGGUUUAGGUACCUAAAUAGAUGUAAAGAAUGUAUUUUUAAAUAAACCAUAGUUCGCAGUUA